AUGUCUUUAUAUCUAGGGGAUCAUAAGUUCGGUGUUGGGCUUUCCUGUGGAGAAGAAGGUAUUCUUCACGCUGCCAACAGACUUUUGGAGAUGAAAGGACAGUGCAAACUGGAUUUUCAUGCAUGGUACCUUGAUGACGGUACUAUUGCUGGUGAUAGUAUGGAAGUAGCUAAAGCGCUCUCGAUAAUUCAGGCUGAAGGCAGUAGUCGUGGGGUACAUCUUAAUGUUCGUAAGACUGAGUUAUUUUGUCCCUGCGUUGAUCCUAGAAGUCAAGAUGAUAGAGUCUUUCAGGCUAACAUUGGUGUAAAGAUGUUGGGAGGGACGGUGAGUUGUAAUCUGCAGUUUUGCAGUGACCUUGUGAAGCAUAAAAUUGAUAAAACUUUACAACUCAUGGAGUCUGUUAAGCAAUUACAUGACCCGCAGAGUGAGUUUUUACUAUUACGAAGUUGCGCAGGUGUUUCAAAUCUUUACUUCAAUAUGAGAACUACCCAACCUGAUUCUCUUCAACAAAUUAUUUCUUCUUAUGAUCGUCCCUUGGUACAGUUUCUGCAGCAUAUUGUUAUAAGAGAUGGUGCAGGGUUUGGGCUCAUUCAACAACGUAUUGCUAUGCUGCCAAUGAAGGAUGGGGGUUUGGGUGUUCACACGAUGGAAGAUACAAGAAAAUAUUGUUUUCUUUCUUCUUAUUGUCAAAUGAGAAAUCUGCAGGAGGUCAUUCUUAAUCUUCCACCGGACUCUGAGCCAAGCCUUAUCUUUCAGCAUGCCUUGUCACAGUUCAUGCAGGUAUGUGGGCUGUCUUCUUUUAAUAUCAACACUUUUGCCACUCGUCCUAUGAAAUCUUUGGAAAUACAGUAUUUUGAGGUUGUUAAGAAAGAUAUGCCUUCCAAAUUUGUUAUGUCAGAACGUGAUACUAUACUUUGGAAAAGCAAUAGGCUUGACCACGCUCAGGAUUACCUCAAAGCUAUACCAAUAUGUGGGCUUAAUCAGACACUUGGUCCUCGUCAGUUCAGGGCAGUUGUUAGUUAUAGACUUGGUGUACAUAUUUUUAAUACUAUUGAUGGUUGUGCUUGUUGUAAGAGGAAAAUGGAUGUUUAUGGUGAUCAUGCACUUCAUUGUGCAAGUGAGGUGGGCAUAAAGUUUAGACAUGAUUUCGUUAGGGAUGUUAUUUCGGAUAUUUUUUACAAGGCUGGAGUUGCAGCUAGAAAGGAGGUCAAUCUUGGACUCUCUUCGGAUGAUGGCAAGGAUUUGAAGCCCGUCGACAUUCUUGUAUAUAAUUGGGUUAAUGGACAAGAUUUUUAUUUUGAUGUUACGGGUGUUUCACCUUUUGCCAGUAUUAAUGGUCGGACUUUCGUUCCGGGUGUCGCCAUUUCUAAUGCUAUUUCACGCAAGAGGGCGAAGUAUUUGGAUAAGGUGUCUACUCAUGGGUAUGGUUUUGGUGUUCUUGCUUUCUCCACUUUAGGCCAACUUAGUGAAGACAUGGUGUUUAUUUUGAAGAGGUUGAGAAAUUGUAUAGCUAAUUACGACCUCAAUUACAAAAUAGGUAAUUCUCUUUUUUAGAUUAAGUAUUUCAAUUAAAAAGGGUGUAGGGGCUCAACUUGUAUCUAGGUUUCCCUCCAUUGACAUUGUACCUUGUAUUUGAUUCUUUUGUUAAUAAAAGCCUUUGCGGAGCCUUUUUUGUAAAGAAAAUAAUAAUAAUAAUAAUAAUAAUAAUAACUUGUAGCUAGGUUUCCCUCCAUAGAUUAGGUAUUAUUAUUCAAAAAGGUGUGGGAGCACAACUUGU